AUUUGUUAUGGAGAGAAAACUUAAAUUAACAGAUCUCUGGACACAAAUUCAGUCUAGAGCCUACUCAGGAAGAAACACAAUCACUUCCUAUAACCAAAUAAAGAAAUCCAUCUUAUUGGACCUCUAAUGAAGCACAGCAACAAGCUACAGAGAAGAAUUACCGUUCCUUGACACAAUAAAGUGUAAAGAAAGGAAACGGUAACAGAAAAAUAUCUCCCCACAUUUAGAAUUUUGUUAGAAGAAUAAAAAUGAUACCUAAACGACCGUAAUCGUUAUUAUGAAUAUACGAUUGAAACUUGUGAUAUCAGUAUAUAGUGUGUAUAAUGUUUUCAGACGUUCCCUGCUUCGUAUUCUAGUUGACUUUCAUAAAAUUUAGAUUAUUAAUGAUAUGAGAAUUUCAUCAGACAGUGAUGUCAAUUUAGAGAACCCUUACAAACUGUGGAGGAUUGUACUGCUGAUUUGUUCUAUCGAUGUUCAUUUACAAACCAACAAACAUGUCGAAGCUAGAAAAUCUUCUUGUCACAAAGAGGCUAAUUAUUGAAGAGCUUGAUUUGGCCUCUAUAGACUCAAUCAAAAAGUUCUCCAGCCGAAUAAUCUCCAAAUACACUAGGUUGGACUUCUUAAUCAACAAUGCCGGUCUAAUUGUUGGUAAAUACGAGAAGACAGUCGAUGGCUUCGAAAUGACUAUGGGAGUUAAUCAUUUAGGACACUUCCUGUUGACAGAAUUAUUGUUACCACUGUUGAAGCGAUCAGCUCCAUCAAGAAUAAUCAUUGUGUCCUCCGUGGUACACUAUGCCGCUAGAUUGAAUAAACCAGAUUUGCAGCUUCCUGAGCAUGAAUACAGUGAAGUGAAGGCCUACAAUCAGUCGAAACUGGCGAAUGUGAUGCACGCGGUUGAGUUGAGUGAGCGAUUGCAAAAUAGUGGAGUGACGGUGGUCAGUGUACAUCCUGGUGUAGUGAAGACUGAAUUCGGUCGAGAUAUCAAAUGCACUGGAAUGAAAGUGCUCAUCACCUUAACGAAACCUUUCUAUAUCGGUCCUUGGAAAGGUGCACAAACCACACUAUACACCGUCUUAUCAGACAAGAUAGUAACCGGUGGCUACUAUUCAAAUUGUGCAUUUAAAGAAGCUUCAUCUAAGGUCAAAAAUGAAAAGGAAAGGAAGUGGUUGUGGGACAAAAGUUGUGAACUUUUGGGAAUUCAAAAUCGUGGCAGCUAAUCAAAUUUAAACAAUGAUAAUUAUUGUUAUUGUUUUAAUCAUUGUUGUUUGACUAAAUAAUUUUUUAUGAUUUUCAUUAUAUGUUUCAAAUAAAUGAAGGUCAAGCUGAAUGCAUGCAGUUAAUUUUCAUUCGGUGUGCUGUGGAUUUUACAUCUAUCGGUGUAAUGAUCCAUUCAUUGAUUUAUGUGUGUGUGUGCAAGGUAUUUAGACAUACUGUCAACUUUGCCUGACUAAAUGUUUUAUUUUAUAUGGUUAGUGCCCUUGUAGACGAAAUAUAUCCACUUAUUUAUGAAUAAGGAAAAGCAUG